AUGAACAAAGUGAUUUUCUUGCGUACCUUUUGCUUUUAUUGUAAUCUAAAAAUUGUGUAAAAAGUUAUAAAUGUGGUAACAAAUCAACUUAUGUUUAUAGUAUAAACAUUAAAGAAUGCUAUAGUUAUCUCUUGGUGUAACAAAGUCAGUUCAUCCUGACCACAAAUCAGCAAUCUCCGACUUUUUUUUAAUGUACCCUUUCAUAACAUAUUUGUGUUAAACGUUAGCGGAAAAAAACGAUAAAUUGUGCAAAAUCUAUCGCAAUAACUACCACUAUGCGUAUUGUGCAGUAAUUCGCAAAAAAAUCGAAAAGAACUGAACUUUAACCUUUUACAGUCAAAAGUAAAGCAAUGGCCUAAAGCAUCAUUCUUCGUUGUUUUUGCCAUUUGGGCGUGUUCUUGUUCUAAAAUGGGUUUACUAAUUUCGAAGAUUUGGAGUCUGUUUGGUAAUGAAGAACACAAACUGGUCCUUGUGGGCUUGGACAAUGCGGGGAAGACGACAAUACUGUAUCAGUUGCUGCUGGGGGAGGCCGUCCACACCAGACCGACUAUUGGUUCAAAUGUUGAAGAGGUUGUCUGGAGGAAUUUAAGAUUUGUUAUGUGGGAUCUCGGAGGCCAACAGAGCUUGAGAUCAGCUUGGAAUACUUAUUACACAAACAGCGAGUUUGUGAUAAUGGUAAUUGACUCGACUGAUCGUCAGAGGUUGGUCAUCAGUCGUGAGGAACUGCAUCGGAUGCUGUCACACGAGGAGCUCAGCAAAGCAUGCUUACUGGUGUUUGCUAAUAAACAGGACGUGAAAGGAUCAAUGACGGCUGCGGAGAUAUCUGAGCAGCUCGACCUGACGUCUAUAAAGCAACACCCGUGGCACAUUCAGGGCUGCUGCGCGCUCACUGGCGAAGGGUUGCACAUGGGACUCGAGUGGAUAGCGAGCAGAAUCAAAAAGAAAUGACCGCUCAGUGACAAGAUUUUUGAUUUUCUAGACUAAGUUGUUAUUAACAUUUUUUUGGUUAGUGAAUAUUAUCCGAUGGGUACUUACCGAAUUAUUUGCAUUAAUGUACUUGCUCCUUCUAAUACGUAACUAAUAAACUUCAGUGUCUAAACAUACUAUGCCGAAGUUCCGCGGCGGAAAUUCCGCAUGAUUACGUCAGCAAUG